AUGAUUGUGAUCCAGAAUGUGGGUCCCAGUUCCCCGGCAAGGGAUAGGAGACAGUGGGUGAAAAGGAUUCAGUGGGGUGUCCUUUUUGGGCUGAUGGUCCUCAUUUACGGCUCUCAUGCGCCACUCAUCGCUCUCACCAAAGUAGACGGUCAAGUUCCUUUCAAUCCCUCAUCAUGUGUUGUUAUGAUUGAGCUAGCUAAACUCCUGAUUUCUUUGGCGACCCUUGUUCUAACUGGGGGUACAUCCGCCUUAAAUGCUCCUCCACCUCUAAUCCUUGUGGCCCCCUAUGCGGUCCCUGCCAUACUAUACGCUCUCAACAACAACCUGGUAGUCCUCAUGCAGGCCUACAUGGACCCAAGCUCGUACCAAGUCCUCUCUAACCUAAAAAUUGCCUCCACUGCCCUGUUGUACUCCUUCUGCUUGGGCAAGAGGCUCCGGCCUGCUCAGUGGCUAGCUCUGGGGCUCCUCAUGUGCGCAGGCGUGUGCCACACCUACAGCAGCCUGGAUCUUGAGGACCCUGAAAGGGCUGAAGCUAAGGGCUCUCCCAGGCUUCAUAUCACAGUUUGGGGGCUUUUCCUUGUGCUGGUGUACUGCUGUGUUUCAGGCCUGGCAGCAGUUUACACAGAGAGGGUGCUGAAGAGCCAGAGGCUGCCGCUUAGCUUGCAGAAUCUCUACCUCUAUGUCUUUGGUGUGGCCAUCAAUGGGCUCUCCUCCUUCUCCGCUGUAGGGAGUGAAAAAAGCUUUUUAGAGGGAUACUCAGGGGUGGUUUGGGCCAUUAUAGCAGGGCAGGCAGCUAACGGACUCCUGAUGUCUGUGGUGCUUAAGCACGGCAGCGGGAUCACCAGACUGUUUGUCAUUUCCUGCUCCAUGCUGGUUAAUGCUCUGUUGUCUUGGGUCAUCUUAGGGCUGCAGCUUACACCUUUUUUCCUCCUUCCCGUUUCUAUGAUUGGACUGGCAGCUUACCUUUACUACAGAUAGUAAAGUCUCCACCAAACGAACCACAAGGCCCACUGAACCCAAAACGUUGCAGUCUACCUAAACUUCUGUAUUCUAGUUUUUAAGCUUCAGAUGUGAUUUGUUUUCUGCCUUUUUAUCCAUCUGCCUUCUGACUUCAACAUCCGGAAACCAACACUUGUAUUUACCAUAUACCAUAUUAUGUGUCAUGUCAGCUGAUGCCUAAUUUUACAAUUCAUAUGUAAGACUAACUUGUAAUCCUGUUACACUGUACAAUUCAAAUAAUAAUGCAAGUAUUAUUAUACCUUCAGUGAUAUAUUUCUGAAGAGUGCUGCUAUUGUCAUCUCAGUGAUUUUGUUUUGUAUCGCAUCCUCUGCCAAGAACGUCAAAGUUAAUAUCAAAGUGUUACACAGUGUGUUAAUGAUAACCAAUAAAUUGUCAAGAACA